AUGGCAAUGGCUAUGAGAAAACGGAGUGGUUCUGGCUCUAAACGCCAACAUAAAGGAAAACUUGUACCUAUUUAUGAAAGCUUCUUCAAAGGAGAAGACUUGACAUUGGCUCAUCCAAAUUUUUGGAACGAACUGUUUUUAAUUAAACCUAUGGUUCCACAUAUUGAAAGUGAAAUUUUACAUAUGACUGCAGAGCAAUUAAAUGCAAGCAGAGAGAAUUUAAAUGCUUUGGUCUGCCAUUGCGUAGAUACGUUAGUUGAUGAACAUCCUUUCAGAGUUGUAUAUGCUUUACAAACUUUAGCAGCUGUUAUUCAAUCCAUGUAUAAGAAAGCUAGUCAAGGCGAUUGUGGAUUUAAUUUAAUAGAUAUCUUAGUAGGAUUUGAUUCUGCAGAACAGAGAAUGACAACGUUAAUGCAACAUUGUAAUAACUUUUUAACAGGUGAAUACCCUGAUAGUUUAAAAGCUUUGUGCUUGAAAUUAUUGUUAAUUAUUGUAACUGGCAUGGACAAUGUUAGUCAAAACACUUUGUUGGAAUAUGUUAUGCUUAAUAGUGUUUUUGAAUCUCUGGUUCAACUUCUAAGAGACACGACAGCUAGAAAUCGUCACGGACAUGACGCAGUGUUGCUUUUAACACUUCUAGUCAAUUACAGGAAGCACGAAAGAGCAAAUCCUUAUAUUGUUAAGUUAUCGAUUUUAGAUGACGAAUUAGCUCUUAAUGGUUAUGGACAAGUUAUAUCAAGUUCAUUGAUGGAAUUUUGUAGACAAUUUGUUCAACAAAGAGCAGAAAUACAAGCAUCGUGGUUAUCUUCUUUAACUAGUAUAGUCGGGAGUAUGUUCGUUGGUGAAGAAGAAGCGAAAACGCAACAAGUUCGCGCGAAUAAUGCAUUGUUGCUGGCACUUUAUGAAGCCACACAUUUAAAUCGUAAUUUUGUAACAACUUUGGCAUAUACACAAAGUGAUACAAGUGCACCACCUUCUCCAAAUAAUACAUUGGGACCAAAUGCAGUAGCUCCCGGGGCACAAUUGUCUGAUGUGAUGGCUCAGCCAUUUAAUUUGUUGGCCACAUUCUUACAAAUAGAUGUUAAUGCGUUGGGUUUUAUUGGAAAAAACUUUAAUUAUUUCAGUUCAAUAGUUAUGCAGGUGAUCAGAACAGAGGCAAUAAUGAAUAAUGUUAAGUUGUGCUUCCUCAUAUUAAGUUGUAUCGCAGAGGAUCAGUACGCAAACAGUUUGAUGCAUGAUGCAAACUUGGCAUUUAGGGUACAGCUCCAUCGAGUACCAAUGCAUCACAGAAAGAUACAGGACAAAGCAGCACCAGCACAACCAUUAGCAGCUACUUUACUUGGUAUAAUUAUUAUGUGUCCAAUACAAAAAUUUGAAUUGUUUAAACAACUGUCAAAUAUUGUAGAUUUACUUGUUGAAUUUGUUACGUCGCACAUGAUGAAAAAAUUCCCGUUGGAACUUUAUCAUCAAUGUAUCGGAGUUCUACAGAGAUUGCUUUGUUACCAAAAAAGAUGUAGAGUUAGGCUUGGAUAUCAGUGGAGAGAUCUUUGGACUGCUCUAAUAAAUUUACUUAAAUUUCUAACGACUCACGAAAGCCAUCUUAUUAAGAAAAUGAAUAUAUUUCCAUUAGCUAUUCAGGUUGUGAAUAUCUUGAACUUGUUUAUUACGUACGGAGACACAUUCCUAUCCUCUCCUAGUAGCUACGACGAAUUAUUUUACGAAAUAAUACGAAUGAGGCUUAUUUUCACAAAUUUGAAUGCAAUGGCGCUCCGUUAUUCAACAAGCGAAUCUUACGAGUAUAAAGAACAUGCAUUAAAGUUGACAAAUUGUUUGGUAAAUAUGAGAGACAUAGUGAAUCAUUUUCCACCAAAAAUAGCAGCGUGGUUGGCGAGUGAAAGUUUAUCAACUCCAACGGAACAACAAAUUUUAGCUAUUAUAAUACAAAAUUAUGACAGCCUUACGUUAAAGUUGCAAGAUAAUUUAGAUCAAUAUGAAAGGUAUUCUGAGAAACCUAAUCAUGUUGCAUUCUUUGAAGAAAUGGUAAUAAUCAAUUAAAUGUAUAAAAUUAUGAUUUUAGAUUUCUUUUUUUAUGGCUUUUAUUUUAUCUUCUAGGUAACUGGAGUCGUAAUUGAUACUCGAGGAUCUAUAGAUUUGAGUUCAUUAGACACACAGGCUAUAUUACAAGAAUUAUCGAACAUCUCGUAA